AUGGGCAACGCUGGCUGGUCCUAUGAUGAUAUUCUACAAUAUUUCAUCAAAUAUGAGAAUUAUCACAUAUUCAAUGCUGAUCCUCUUUAUCAUGGGACAACCGGUCCAUUGGAUGUUGGUUAUACAGAACCCACUAUUAUAACGGACACUUAUAUAAAUGCGAUGGAAGAGUUGGGAUAUGCAUGGGUGGAUAUCAAUGGAGAAUAUCAGAUUGGAUCAUCACAGGUUGUAUUGACGAUCAAAGGAAAUAAAGUGUCAACAGGAGGAAGAGCAUUCAUCGAUCCAAUUAUUAGUAGACCAAAUCUAAAUGUUACCCUCAAUGCCUUUGUGACCAAAGUAAUGAUUACCAAUGGCACAAAAAGGGCGCAUGGUGUACGAUUCAUCAAAAACGGUGAGAUAUAUGAAGUGAGAGCCUCAAGGGAAGUAGUUCUUUCUGCUGGAACUUACAAUAGCCCGCAGUUGUUGAUGUUAUCAGGCAUAGGACCAAAAUCAGAACUGUCGAGACAUAAUAUAAGUCUGAUUGAAGAUCUUCCUGUUGGAAGUUUCCUCCAGGAUCAUCCUUUGUUCAUUGGGCUGGUUUUCAAAACCAACCAGAGCUUAUUCAAUGAAUCAUUCGAUGACAUGAUGUUGGGAUAUUUGAAUUUUCAACGACCAUUCACAACCAGUUUCAAUGUCGACUCUAUAGGUUUCUUGAAUGUGAACGAUAGUAAGAGCACUGUUCCAGAUAUUCAACAUAUAGUAAUGGGAUCCCCAGGUUUCAAGUUACCCAUUGAUAUAAUCCGGAACCUGAAUGAUGAAACGAUAGCUGCUUAUAUAAGAGAUUAUAAUCCAUACACCGAUCUCAUCAUGAUGACAGCCCUGCUUCAUCCAAAAUCCAGAGGAUCAGUCACUCUGAGAUCAAAUAACCCCCGUGAUUUUCCGAUCAUAAAUCCCAAUUAUUUAUCUGAUCGACAAGGAUCCGAUAUAGAAACAUUAUAUAAUGGAAUAAAACACACAUUGAAGUUACUUGACACCAGAGCAUUCAGGUCAAUCAAUGCUUCACUUAUCUCUGUAGUAGCUGGAUGUGACCAAUACCCACAGUUCUCCAGAGACUACUGGUAUUGUGCUAUCAGACAUCUGACAUUGACUGGUUAUCAUCCAGUUGGAACAACAAGAAUGGGCCAUUCUAGACACAAUUCAGUGGUUUCUAAUGAACUGAUGGUUCAUGGAAUGGAAAAUCUCAGUGUGGUUGAUGCUGGUGUCAUGCCAGAAAUUAUUUCUGGAAAUAUCAUGGCGGCCACAUACAUGAUUGCCGAAAAGAUAGCAGAUGGUAUUAAACGUCAUUUCCGUCAAUUUCAAUAA